CCUUAAACCCUCGAGGGUGGGAAAGUAAUCCCCUUGAUUUAGUAAACGUUAGGAAUUGUAUUUGACCAAGGUCAUUUCUGCACCAUAUCCUUAUCAUCAUCACCCACAAGAGCUCUUAGAUUCCUUCGUCGGACACUGAACACUCUCACUGCUUCACUCUCUCAAUUCUCAAAACCAAAACUCAUUUCACAAAUCUAUAUACAUGCAUUCAUGUUACACUUACAGUUACGCCCACACCUACAUCCCCUUCAAAUUAAACCGUUUCGCUCCCCGAACCGCACCGGUUCGAGCGGCGGUCACUUCCCCGGAGAAGCGGACCAGAAAGAAGAAACAACCCAAAGAUGACGACAAUUCACUUGAAACCAGUCUCCGGUUCAGUUUCAUGGAGGAGCUCAUGAACCAGGCCAGGAACCGUAACUCAACCGGAGUUUCUCAAGUCAUGUACGACAUGAUUGCCGCUGGUUUGAGUCUUGGCCCCAGGUCGUUUCACGGUUUGGUAGUGUCGUAUGCUCUUAACGGGGAUGAACAAGCAGCGAUGGAUUCGCUGAGGAGAGAGUUAGGUGCAGGGCUUCGACCGAUUCACGAAACUUUUGUUGCAUUGGUAAGAUUGUUUGGGUCUAAAGGUCAAGCCACUAGAGGUUUAGAGAUACUUGGAGCUAUGGAAAAGUUAGAUUAUGAUAUUCGUCAAGCUUGGAUUAUUCUUAUUGAGGAACUUGUUUGGAAUAAGCAUUUGGAAGAUGCUAAUAAAGUGUUCUUGAAGGGUGCUAAGGGUGGCCUCAGGGCUACAGAUGAAGUUUAUGAUCUUUUAAUCGAGGAAGACUGCAAAGCGGGAGACCAUUCUAAUGCUUUGGAAAUUUCGUAUGAAAUGGAAGCUGCUGGACGAAUGGCAACAACGUUCCAUUUUAAUUGCCUCCUUUCAGUGCAGGCUACCUGCGGAACACCUGAAAUAGCUUUUACAACAUUUGAGAACAUGGAAUAUGGAGAAGAUUAUAUGAAGCCGGAUACAGAAACAUACAAUUGGGUCAUUCAAGCGUAUACUAGAGCUGAUUCUUAUGACAGAGUACAAGAUGUCGCUGAGUUGCUUGGCAUGAUGGUUGAAGAUCAUAAGCGCAUACAGCCAAAUGUGAAAACCCAUGCGCUGUUAGUGGAGUGUUUUACCAAGUACUGUGUAGUUCGAGAAGCUAUCAGGCAUUUCCGAGCACUUAAAAACUUUGAAGGGGGUAUAAAAGUUCUACAUAAUGAAGGAAACUACGGAGAUCCUCUUUCAUUGUACCUUCGAGCAUUGUGUCGGGAAGGAAGGAUUAUUGACUUGCUCGAAGCUUUAGAAGCUAUGGCCAAAGAUAAUCAGCAAAUUCCCCCACGGGCAAUGAUUUCGAGCAGAAAAUACCGGACCUUAGUGAGCUCAUGGAUUGAACCUUUACAAAAGGAGGCCGAACUUGGUUAUGAGAUUGAUUAUAUUGCUAGAUAUGUUGAAGAAGGUGGCCUUACUGGAGAGCGCAAACGGUGGGUGCCUCGAAGUGGUAAAACACCUCUAGAUCCUGAUGCUGACGGAUUUAUAUAUUCAAAUCCAAUAGAGACCUCCUUCAAACAAAGAUGCCUUGAAGAGAGGAAGGUGUACCAUAUAAAGCUUCUGAAGAAGUUGCACUAUGAAGGAAUUUCAGCUUUAGGGGAUGAUGUAUCUGAAUCUGAUUAUGUUAGAGUUCUUGAGUGGCUAAAGAAAAUCAUAAAGGGGCCUGAGCAGAAUGCUUUAAAACCUAAGGCUGCUAGUAAAAUGCUUGUGCUUGAAUUGAAGGAAGAACUAGAAGGACAAGGUUUGCCUACUGAUGGAACCAGAAAUGUUCUUUACCAGCGUGUUCAGAAAGCAAGGAGAAUAAAUCAAUCUCGUGGUCGGCCGCUUUGGGUUCCUCCCAUUCAAGAGGAGGAAGAAGAGGUGGAUGAAGAGUUGGAUGCAUUGAUUUCACGCAUAAAGCUGGAGGAAGGAAAUACAGAGUUUUGGAAACGCCGCUUCUUAGGAGAAGGCUUACCUGGUGCUCAUGGAAAUGCCAUGAUUGAAGGUACAUCAGAGUCCACUGAUGUUCAAGAUUAUAUUGAUGUUGUAGAGGAUGAUGCAAAAGAGACCGAAGAUGAUGAAGCAGAUGAUGAUGAUCAGGAAGUAGAACAGGCAGAAGAGGAAGUAGAACCAGUAGAGAACCAAGAUGCAGAGAGGAUAAAGGAAAAGGAAGUUGAAGCUAAAAAGCCCCUUCAAAUGAUUGGAGUCCAGCUGUUGAAAGAUUCCGACCAACCCUCUGCCUCUUCUAAAAAGUCAAGAAGAAGAACAACUCGGAAUAUGGUUGAGGAUGAUGCAGAUGAUGAUUGGUUUCCUUUGGACAUAUUUGAGGCAUUUAAGGAAAUGAGGAAUCGUAGAGUGUUUGAUGUAUCAGACAUGUACUCCUUAGCAGAUGCUUGGGGAUGGACAUGGGAGAGAGAACUAAAGAGCAAGCCUCCUCAUAGAUGGUCACAGGAAUGGGAAGUCGAGUUGGCAAUCCAAGUUAUGCAGAAGGUCAUACAAUUGGGAGGGAUGCCAACUAUUGGAGAUUGUGCCGUGAUCUUGCGUGCAGCUAUAAAAGCACCUCUACCUUCAGCUUUCUUGACAAUUUUGCAGACAACUCAUGGCCUUGGCUAUAAGUUUGGGAGACCGCUUUAUGAUGAGAUCAUAUCUCUUUGCCUUGAUCAUGGGGAACUAGAUGCCGCCGUUGCCGUUGUGGCAGACUUGGAGACAACGGGGAUCUCGGUUUCAGACGAAACUCUGGACAGGGUAAUUUCUGCUAAACUGGAGAUUGAUAAUGCUUCAAAUGAUGACAUGGAUGCAGCAGGAUUUGCUUCAGUUCUUUUUUCUUCCAAGAAGAAAAAUAAAAAAGUUAGUGUUUCACCUCUAACAGAACCUUGUGCGGAAUUUGCAUGUGCAAAUAUGGAGAAAAAUGUACAUGCAUUGUUUCUGAUGUUGUUGAUAUUUACUCUUAUUUUCUGUCUAUCUGAAGGGCUUAAUGCAGAGGGAAAAUACCUUGUCGAUAUAAAAGGGAAAUUGUUAGACAGAUACAAUCAUCUUGAGAAUUGGAAUUCAAAUGAUUCAACGCCUUGUGGUUGGAUUGGUGUCAUUUGCAACAGUGACAUCAAUCCAUUGGUUGAAUCUCUUGACUUGCAUGCAAUGAAUCUCUCAGGCUCUUUAUCUUCCAGCAUUGGUGGUUUGGUUCAUUUACUUCACCUUAAUUUAUCUCAGAACUCUUUCUCUGGUUUUAUACCAAAGGAAAUUGGAAACUGCUUAAGUUUGCAGGUUCUUAGUCUCAACAUUAAUCAAUUUGAAGGUCAAAUUCCUGUCGAAAUAGGCCGGCUUUCGAAUUUAACAGAAUUGCAUCUUUCCAACAACCAGCUCUCAGGACCUUUUCCGGAUGAAAUUGGUAACCUUUCUUCACUUUUGAUACUUACUGUUUACACAAAUCAUCUCAGCGGGUCUUUGCCGGCUACUAUCGGGAACCUUAAAAGAUUGAUUCGAUUUCGAGCCGGACAGAAUAUGAUCUCAGGAAGUUUACCUCGAGAGAUAGGUGGAUGUGAAAGCUUAGAGUAUCUUGGUUUAACUCAAAAUCAGAUAAGUGGUGAAAUACCGAAAGAACUCGGACUACUCAAGAACUUGCAAUGUUUGGUCCUUAGGGAAAAUAAUCUUCAUGGCGCUAUACCUAAAGAGCUUGGAAACUGUACAAAUUUGGAGGUUCUUGCUCUCUAUCAGAACAAUCUUGUGGAAGAAAUUCCAAAGGAGAAUGAGUUGACAGGGAAUAUUCCAAGGGAGAUUGGAAACCUUUCUGUUGCAAUUGAGAUUGAUUUUUCGGAGAAUCUUCUUACAGGAGAGAUACCGAUCGAGUUGGUUAAUAUCAAAGGCUUGCAAUUGCUUCAUCUCUUCGAGAACAAACUAACCGGCGCAAUUCCAAAUGAGUUCACAACCUUGAAAAACCUAACUGAGCUCGAUCUCUCUAUCAAUUACCUCAACGGUACUAUUCCGAUCGGUAUUCAGGAUUUGACCAAACUGUACUCAUUGCAACUCUUCAACAACUCAUUAAGUGGUAGAAUUCCUUAUGCACUUGGAGCAAAUAGUCCACUUUGGGUGCUUGAUUUGUCAUUCAACAACUUAGUUGGAAGAAUUCCAAUUCAUCUUUGCCAACAGGCUAAAUUGAUGAUGUUGAACUUAGGAUCAAACAAACUCGCCGGAAAUAUACCUUAUAGAAUUACAAGCUGCAAGUCUUUGGUGUAUCUUCGCCUCUUCGGUAACAAUUUGAGGGGCAAGUUUCCUUCGAAUUUAUGUGAGCUUGUGAAUCUUUCUACAGUUGAGUUGGAACAGAAUGAAUUCAAUGGCCCCAUUCCUUCACAAAUCGGUCACUUCCAAAAUUUGCAAAGACUUCACCUUUCUAACAACCAUUUUUCGUCUGAAUUGCCGAAAGAAAUUGGUAACCUGUCUCAGUUGGUAUCCUUUAAUGUCUCAUCAAAUUAUCUUUUUGGUAGACUGCCUAUGGAACUUUUCAACUGCAGGAAGCUCCAAAGACUUGACCUCAGCAACAACGGCUUCGUAGGUACUUUAUCAGGUGAGAUCGGAACUCUUUUACAGUUAGAGCUUCUAAGACUCUCAAAUAACAAUUUUUCUAGUAAAAUUCCAUUGGAAGUCGGAAAACUCUUGCGGUUGACCGAACUACAAAUGAGCCAAAACUCAUUUUGUGGUUACAUUCCACAAGAGUUAGGUGCACUCGCAUCCUUGCAGAUUGCACUUAAUCUCAGCUAUAAUAAACUUUCAGGCCAAAUACCUUCUCAACUUGGGAAUCUUAUUAUGCUAGAAUCUCUCCAACUCAACAACAAUCACUUGAGCGCCGAAAUUCCAAACUCCUUUAGCAGACUUUCAAGUUUACUUUCUUUCAACUUUUCAUACAACGAUCUUUUCGGCCCUUUACCUUCUUUACCUCUCUUUCAAAACUCCACAUUCAGCUGCUUUUCGGGUAACAAAGGACUAUGUGGAGGACUCCUUGUCCCUUGUCAAAGUUCAACAUCACAUUCCCCUCCAAAUAAACUAGGAAAAAUUCUAGCUAUAGUUGCAGCUAUUGUUAGUGGAGUUUCACUGAUUUUAAUUCUGGUUAUCAUAUAUCUAAUGAAAAAUCUCACUGUGCCACACCAAGAUAUAGAUAAACCGAAUUCUCCAAAUGUUUCAAACAUGUACUUUUUUCCAAACGAGGAGUUGAAUUUCCAAGACGUGGUUGUAGCUACUGAAGAUUUUCAUUCCAAAUAUGAAAUUGGAAAAGGUGGCAGUGGAACUGUGUAUAGAGCAGAUAUAUCAAAUGAUCAUAAUCAUAUAAACACAAUUGCUGUAAAGAGACUUACAUCAAACAGUAACAGCAUUGAUUUAAACGGUUGCUUCCGCGCUGAAAUCUUAACUUUGGGCAAAAUAAGGCACAGAAAUAUUGUGAAAUUAUACGGUUUCUGCAACUAUAGCGGCUCUAAUAUGCUACUUUAUGAACACAUGGAAAAGGGUAGUUUAGGAGAGUUACUUCAUGGAGAAUCUUCCUCUAGUCUUGAUUGGUAUUCCAGGUUUAGGAUUGCUCUGGGAACUGCACAAGGACUAUCUUAUUUGCACCAUGAUUGCAAGCCGAGAAUUAUCCACCGGGAUAUCAAGUCCAAUAACAUACUUAUCGACCAUGAAUUCGAAGCUCAUGUUGGUGAUUUCGGUUUGGCUAAGCUUAUUGAUAUCUCAACGUCUAAAUCAGUGUCUGCAGUUGUAGGCUCUUAUGGCUACAUUGCCCCUGAGUAUGCAUACACAAUGAAAGUGACAGAAAAAUGUGAUGUCUACAGCUAUGGAGUAGUCCUAUUGGAGUUACUAACAGGCAAGAAGCCAAUCCAGUCAUUGGAUCAAGGUGGUGGUGAUCUUGUAACAUGGGUGACAAAUCAUAUCAACAAAUCUUCAUUGAAACUAGACAUCAUAGAUGCAAAAUUGGACCUACUAGAUGAAAUUGAUGUUGCUCAAAUAUUUGAUGUCUUGAAAAUUUCUUUACUAUGCACCGACACUUGUCCUUCUAGACGACCAACCAUGCGUAAAAUUGUUGCAAUGCUUACAAGUUCUAGUAAAAGGAAAGAGCAAUCUUUGUUCUCUCCAUGUCAUGAAUCAACUCACAUUGAAGAAUGA